AUGUCCAUGCGAACGGAUGAUUCAAGCGCCAUUGCGGCAAAGUCCACCCAAGCCACCACCACGACCGAGUUAGAAUCGAGUGAAAGCCUAAUCACCCGCUUGUGCGGAGCCCAAGGACGGCUUAAUAGCAAACAUGAUGGUCAGCUACGAUAUUUCGGUCCGACAUCGAGCCUUCACUUGACAGAGAGUGUCAAUUCCAUCUUCCGGUAUUGCAGCGACAUCCAACGGUUCGGAGCUGGGUUCGAGAAAGAUGUGCCCUGGGCCAUGCAGCAAUACCUGCUGGACCUUUACUGGAGGUAUCAACACGACAUACUGCACAUUGUCCACAAGCAGGCCUUUCUGGCCGGCAUGGAGGCCACACACAGUCCCAGUCCAUACUUCAGCCGAUGUUUACUCCUUUGUAUCCUGGCCUCGGCCGCUCGCAGCUCCGCCAGUCCCGAAAUCCGAGCCCUGACCCUACCCGCCGAAGAAGACACGGGGGAAAGUCCGAUCCUGAUGAAGCAAGCAGAGGAGGCGUUGCAAGAAGAGCUCCUGAAUCCUGGCUUGACCACCGUCCAGUCGUUGAUGCUGUUAAGCAUCCUAGAUUGUUGCCAGUCCAAUGACUCGAGAGGUUGGAUGCGGUCUGGACAAGCUUGCCGGCUGGCUUUCGACCUCGGUCUUCACCAAAACUGGUCACAUUUGCCCCAGUCGAAGCUCCCGUCUUUUGAGAUGGAGGUGAGAAGGGUCAUAUUUUGGGGCUGUGUUGGCUUUGACAGGCUUUGGGCCCUUUAUCUCGGCCGUCCUCCAGUCAUCAAGCUGAGUGAUGUCUCGAUUCCGCGGCCGGAUAGAAAUGCGAGUUCGUGGGAGAUGAAGAUGUUUGCCGCAUGGGUUGAACUGCUGGACCUUGCGGGUCAAAUCAGUGAGAAAUUGAACACCAACACCUGCUUUCAAGAGCAGAUUGACUUCUACAUGGAUGCUUUGCAAAGUUGGGAUUCUAGUUGUGACCAUUCCAUCACCUUCUUCCCGAACGCACCUCCAGGGGUGUAUUUGCUCCGCAUACAAUACUCGGCCUUGGUGAUCCUCCUGAACAGACAUAAUGCCGGGUACGGCAAUCUCCAGAAGAGGAAUUGCGCGCACUCGCAGAAAUCGCGCAAAGCGUGCGUUGAGCAUGCGUUGAUCACGUCGCAGCUCUUGCAGGACUACGCCGCCCACCACGGCAGUGCCAACACCAUGAUGGGCUCGGUCCUGUACAACAUCACCAGUGCCGCGACCAUCGUGGUGGCUGAGAUGGCCGAGAAGAAUCGGAGGGACGUGCCUAAGGAAUCUGCCGCUCUGGCCAUCUGCCUCAAUGCCAUGAAGGAAAUGGAGAGCGCCGAGAUCGUGGCCCGGAAUGUUCGGAAAAUCGUCCAGACCAUCAUGCGGGUUUGCAAUGUGCAAAACAACUACAGCUACGACGAUGGGAAUGCAGGUGCAGGUGCAGGUGCAGGUCCAGUAACUGGAUUCUGGGCAAAGGAUUACAAUCCGUCCAACGAAGAUGGUCCGUCUCAUGCAGGAGUAGAUGAAGCAACGACUGCGGACGCCAAUAAGGAGAACGACAGAAACAAUACCAACACCAACACCAACACCAACACCAACAACAAUAACAACAAUACUGCCACUACAACUACAACUAACGCCACAACCACCACUAUCAAUGAUGCCAUGUCGUUGAACUUUGGCCCAUUAGGCUUCGACAGUGUGUUCCAGUUUCCAUUUGAGGAGGUGCUCUUGGAUCCAAUGUCAGCGAACGAGUUUAUGCAACAAUGA